CGACGACGACGACGACGACGACGACCACCACCACCUCCUCCUCCAGUCCUUCGCAUACGUAACCAGCAAACAUGAUCAGGUCGACACAAAUAGCCCGCGUCGGCGACGGUGCGCUUCCUUCUCCUUCCACCACCACCCUCCUCUUCUGACCUCCCUUCUCAGGCCUCAUGCUAUGCGCCUCGGUCGACGACGAAUCCACCGAGUCCUCCCUCGCCGAGAUCAAGUCCCAGGUGAAGCUGAUCCUGCGCCGCCUGAACAAGAACGCCGAGCCGCAGGCCUCCAUCGAGUCGGGCAGCUUCACCCUGCACUACCUGCUGAGCAGCGACAUCGUCUUCCUGUGCAUCUGCGAGCGCUCGUACCCGCGCAAGCUGGCCUUCACCUACCUCUCGGACAUCAGCACCGAGUUCCAGAACUCGUACCCGGCCGCCCAGCUGCACAGCCCGACCCUGCGCCCCUACGCCUUCAUGGAGUUCGACACCUUCAUCAACCGGACCAAGUCGACCUACGCCGACGCCCGCGCCACCCAGAACCUCGACAAGCUCAACGACGAGCUGAGGGACGUCACCAAGGUCAUGACCAAGAACAUCGAGGACCUACUGUACAGGGGCGACUCCCUCGACAAGAUGGGCGAGAUCAGCUCGAGGCUGCGCGACGACAGCCGCAAGUAUCGCAAGGCCGCCGUCAAGAUCAACUGGGACCUCAUGCUCAAGCAAUACGGCCCCUUCGCCGUCUUCGGCCUCAUCGUUAUAUUUUUCAUAUGGCUGCGCUUCUUCUAGAGCAUCAAAUGAACUGAGGAAGUGAAACCGGAUGGGGGCAAGGGGUGCCGUCCGAGGGACCUGUUGGAACCAGGUCCUGAUUUAUUAUACCAUAGCCAUGGACACGUCCUCGGAGGGGAACAAGCUGAGGCGUUGGCUUAUGCAAGAAGAUAUGGCAGAUGAUGCCGAAAAGAGCUUUUGUCUAAUCGAGCAUGUCGUCCGAGAGAGAUAGAGGCGCAUUUCUAUACCACGUGGCGGCGUUUGACGAGCAUCUGCUGUACAAUAUAUUCAAGUCCAUGCGCCGGCAUAAUAUGGUCUACGUAGGGUUAUCUAGGAGGCCCGCUUCGGGUGAGGUGCCAGAAGAGCCGAGUCUGCAGCGAGCAGACAGUCGCUGGGCGCGUACAUUAUUAGUCAGGCAAGAACAUAACAGCAGCAAUAUAUCUGCUGCAAUACCAAACAUAAUGAGAACAAUUCACAAAGCAU